UUUUCUUUCUUGUUCUCCAACCACCGGAAAGAGAGAAGAAGAAGACGGAAGCAGAAUCUAUCUUUCACAAUCACUCUCUCCCUCUCUCUCUCCGCCGCGCCACAACCAUCACUGAGAUGCGGCGGUGUAAAAUCGGCGAAUUCAUCUCCGUGGAAUCGAUGAGGUUUCUGGCGUUUCUCCUGAUCUGUAGUUUCUCUCUCGCCUUCUCCGCCGAGUCCGAUAUCGAGGCUGACUCAUUUAUCGCACGCGAGAUCAACGGAACCGCCGCGGAGUCCAAUGCGACGAACGCGAAACCAAAGGAGGACAGUUUCGCCGAUAUGAUCGAUCGGGCACUUGAGAAGGAGUUUCCGGAGAAUGACCAGAACGAUGUUCCUGAUCCAGGAAGCUUUAAUAAUAGUGUUGCUGAUCAGCAGGCUGUUCUGGAGACUGUUGCUCGAGUUAAGCCCAAGAAAAAUGAGACCAAGACCAAGGAGGAGAAAUCAUUCUUUAAUCUGGAUAACGAGAAUGGCGUAGAAGAUACUCCAAGGCUCAUUGAUAGGAAGGACAACGUUUUUAUCAUGUCCAAUCCAAAAUCCAAGUACCCUGUACUGCAGCUAGAUUUAAGGCUGAUAUCAGAUUUGGUGGUCGUCAUUGUUUCUGCUACUUGUGGUGGAAUUGCCUUUGCUUGUGCUGGUCAACCGGUCAUUACUGGGUAUCUAUUGGCUGGAUCUGUCAUUGGACCGGGUGGAUUAAGCUUUGUUAGUGAAAUGGUGCAGGUUGAAACAGUAGCUCAGUUUGGUGUAAUCUUUCUCCUUUUUGCUUUAGGAUUAGAGUUCUCUGCAGCAAAGCUUCGUGUAGUUCGUGCAGUAGCUAUUCCAGGGGGUCUUCUUCAAAUUUUUUUGUUCAUGUGCUUGAGUGGGAUAACAGCCUCGUUAUGCGGCGGUAAACUAACAGAAGGAAUAUUCGUUGGUGCUUUCCUUUCGAUGUCAUCAACAGCGGUGGUGUUGAAAUUUUUAAUGGAAAAAAAUAGUAUAAGUGCUCUACAUGGCCAGAUAACCGUUGGCACACUUAUCCUUCAGGAUUGUGCUGUGGGUUUGCUUUUUGCUCUCCUUCCGGUUCUUGGUGGCACAUCUGGUGUCCUUCAAGGAAUGUUGUCCAUGGCUAAAUCGUUGGCUAUUUUGAUUGCGUUUUUGGCUGCUUUGUUUGUAUUGUCACGUACCUGGGUACCUUGGUUUCUAAAGCUUAUGACAAGCCUUUCUUCUCAGACUAACGAGCUCUACCAGUUGGCCGCUGUAGCAUUUUGUUUGCUUGUCGCUUGGUGUAGUGACAAGCUCGGUCUAAGUCUUGAGUUGGGUUCCUUUGCGGCAGGAGUGAUGAUAUCAACAACUGAUCUCGCCCAGCAUACUCUUGAACAAGUGGAACCCAUCCGCAACUUUUUUGCAGCGCUGUUCCUCGCUAGUAUUGGAAUGCUGAUACAUAUGCACUUCUUGUGGAACCAUGUUGACAUUCUGGUAGCAGCCGUGUUACUGGUGAUAGUGAUAAAGACUGUGGUCGUUGCAAUCGUUGUUAAAGUCUUUGGAUACAAUAACAAAACUGCAGUACUUGUUGGAAUGUCGCUUGCGCAGAUUGGGGAAUUUGCUUUUGUUCUGCUAAGUCGAGCAUCUAAUCUUCACCUUAUUGAGAGCAAACUGUACCUCCUGCUUCUGGGAACAACUGCUCUAAGCCUGGUAACGACACCAUUUCUAUUCAAAUUGAUACCGGCCGUUGUACAUUUAGGAGUGCUCUUACGGUGGUUCUCUCCCGAUAGCUCAACUGAGAUUGGUUUCAAAGGAGGUUUGUAUCGUUCAGAGAGUGCGAAGCUUAUAUCACAAAUGAUCCAAGGUUCUCUUCACGAUUCUUGAUGUUGAUUCAAUAGAAGACACGACACAACACAACAUCAAAGCCACAUUUGAUCUCAAGCUAGGCAAAUACAAUGAAUGGAGAACCGUCGCCGGAUGUAUAGAUGUUUCUAAGAGAUCAGGAGAUGACUGAAGAGGAAACUGUAUAAAAUCUCUUACACAAAGAUAACCACUAAACAAACUUGUAACUUUGAUUCAUUCUUCUCUAUAAUGUUUUGAGAUUCUUUAUGGCUAAAAUGGUAAGAAAUUUAGAACAAUCUUCAACGUAUUGUAAUGAUACCAACCUGUAAAAUUACCAUCUCUUACGUAGAGAGUUUUUCGAGUUAA